AUGAAAAUGAAGAGAGACGAAAGGGCGGCGGCAUCGAAGGGCACGACGGCGAUGAACGCCGACAGAGAUGGCAAUGACGAUGUCAGUACAUUGAAGAAGGAAGAAGAAAGGAACACGAGGCCGACGGAACAGACUGACGCCGAUGAUGCUGGCUACAGAGGUAAGGUUUCAUACGAGGAGAGGAAAGUUGGAAAAGGAAUCGUUGGCGACAAUACUGGCCAGUAA